AUGACUGAGCUGGUACGAACCGGAGCCUGUCUCUGCAAGCGCAUAACCUUUCGUAUGACUGGAGAGGAAAUCAAUGUUGCGAUCUGCCACUGCGAUAAUUGCCAACGAAACUGCGGUGCACCGUAUACAGCUAAUGCAUGGUUCCGCGACAAGCAAUUCGAAUGGACAUCCGGCGAUAGCCUGCUAAAGCAGUACGAUGACCACGACACUGCCACUGGUGAAGUCGUGCAUCGCUGGUUCUGUACUAACUGCGGCUCGCCCAUGUUGACCAAGUCCCCGCGCAUGGUUGGUGUCACAAUCUUGCCAAUUGGUUUAUUCGACACUAGGCAAGAAUGGAAGCCGAGCUACGAACAGUGGCUAUGCAGUCGAGCAGGUUUUGUCGAAGACAUCAAAGCAGUGAAAGAUGAGAGCAGAUAUGAUCGUGCCCCAGACAAGAAAGAGUUUGAGCGGAUUUGGGCCGAGCUAUGA